GUCCGGUUUUCUCCCCUCGUCAACCCACACUCUCCUCCCCACGGAGCCCACAGCCCCAGGGAAGAAAGCAAACUUAAACACCAGGCGGGCACGAGGACGGGAUGAGUGCAGAGACACGACAGACCCGACGACGACGACGAUCGAGCUGUGGGAAAUGGACGCUGAGGUCUCCUUGGAUAAUGAACAACAGUUCUGGGAUGAACUACAGGAAAUUGUUUCCACGCCAUGCGGUUCCGAAGAUCUCAUCGAUAACACGUUACGAGCAUAUUUAGGUCUAACAACCAAAUAUAAAGAUGAAUACCUCAACUCCGAGUACGACAUCUCGCGCUGCUCGUACAAACUCAUUUCGUCGAGUAUCUUCGCCGCUCAUGGAGACUAUGUUCGAAGACAGAUCAUAUACGGCUUAUUGCAGGAAGAUGAUACGAAUACCCUUCACAUGAUUACGUCCUUUCUCUUCUUCGACGGCCGGCAGAAUGAAAAUACAUUUCAGAUGAUGAACGAGGAGGGUGCUUUUCCGCGUCUGGUGGAGCUCCUCCAGGCUGAGGGGAAUGAUGAUUAUGGGGCUGGUCUUCAUCGACUCCUCAUGGAUUUGCUGUAUGAGAUGUCGAGGAUUCAGAGGGUAAAAAUGGAGGAUCUUGUUUUCGUCGACGACGAUUUCAUCAAGAGCCUCUUUGGAAUCAUUGAGGACCUCUCCUAUGAUGCUAACGAUCCAUAUCACUACCCUGUUAUUCGUGUGUUGCUGGUCUUAAACGAGCAAUUCAUGAUCUCGGCGCAUGACCCUGUCGACGAACGAUCUCCUUCGAAUCGCCUUACCAAUAAGGUCAUCAAGGUGCUUUCGAUGCAUGGUAACCUUUAUAAGACUUUUGGAGAGAACAUCAUUCUCCUUAUCAACAGAGAAGCCGAAACAUCGCUUCAACUCCUCACUCUUAAGCUUCUAUAUCUCAUAUUCACAACUCCUCCAACUUACGAAUAUUUCUAUACUAAUGACCUUCAUGUCCUGGUUGACAUUCUGAUUCGAAAUCUUUUGGACUUGCCCGAGGAGGCAUCCGCCCUGCGCCAUACCUAUCUUCGCGUACUUUACCCACUACUCGCUCACACGCAGUUAAAAUAUCCCCCACACUAUAAGCAAGAUGAACUCAGGAGAAUGCUCAGUGCUCUGGUUCGGGGGCAGUUAUCUGGUGGGGAGGCGGACUAUGACAAAAUCUUACAUUUCGAAGAGGUCGACGAGACAACGAGGAGGCUCGUCGUCCGCUGUGCAGCAGUCGACUGGAUGCGAGAGGUGGAGUCGGACACAGCGGAAGAGUCGCCAAAGCGAAGUGUUUCGCCUUCCAAUCCAGAAACCGACGAUGUGCAGCCUGACCCUGGUGCUAGCGAGCCGCUCGGAAUAACAAAAACAAUAUCCCAUACAAGCACUAUCGCCAGCUCACCUGAGGCCAUGUCACCAACCAGAUUUGAUGAACCAGAUACCCCCCGACAUCGCAAGCUAAGCCAGGUUCAGCGGCUUGGUAUGCACUUGGAGCCUGCUUCUUCGUCGUCCUUGAGCGUGCAGGAAGUAGCAACCCAGCAUGAGAAGCCAGGAGUCAUCACACCUAGUCGCAAAGACAGCGGUGAACCAAAUCUUUCUGCCAGCUCAAACAUGUCAACGAAGCCAAAAGUCAAGCCCGAGCCUCCCAAGGCGAGGCGAUGGCGCGGGAGACGGGUUUUUGGCGAGGAAAACGGCGAUAAGAUCCCCGAGGAGGCAGAACCAAGCUCGAGUCCGAACACUAGCUCAGACCGAAGGAAUUCUGCGAGUACAUCUCUAGCCCCCCCUCCGAUCCCGGGUCAUUCCCGCCGAUCUGCCUCAAAUCCUCCGCCAGCUGUACCCCCUCCUCGACGUUCAACGCAUCCAACCGUACAAACCCAUAAUCUCUCAGGGAAUACCUCCCCAGCCAGCCCUGCAGUAACCCCUCAGAGUAAAAACGGGCAAAAACCAGAACCCCCAAAGAAACGACGCUGGGGGCGUGUGAAGCACGCACAAACCACUCCAGCAGAGAAAACUUCCAAUACACCGGUUGACAGUGUGCCACCGGAAUCAUUCGAAUCAGAUAACCAUGACAAUCUGAGGGUUAGUGUGGAGGAGGCCGUACAGAACGUAUCCAUCGAAGAAUAAGAAAUAGAUUGGGAAGCAUCAUUUUGCAUUUAAUUAGACAGAUACCUGGCUUUGUUGUAUUAAUAUUGGUAUACGUGCAUAGCAUAUCUGGAAGAGUGGUUUAAUUGAAUUAAGUUGUCUGUUUAUGUGCCGUGGAGGGCCAGUUACCCUAGAGACACGCAGGUGUAAAUAUAAUUAGGUACCUGCGUUAUAUCACAUCACUCCUUCC